AUGGAGUGGGCCGCGUCGCUCAACUGCCUCGUGGAAGCCGCUGCACUCCUGGACCUGACCAGCACGAUGAGAAGGUGUCCGGUGGUGGUGGUGGUGGUGGUGGUGGUGGUACUGGCCGCCCUGCUGCCCGCCGCGUCGACGUGGCGCGCCGGUCCGAGGCCCCGCCGAGACGUGGACGACCCCCCGGAGGACGGCUACCGCCUGCCGCGCCACCUGGAGCCGGCCGGCUACCGCCUGGCGCUGGUGCCCGACGUGAAGGAGGGCGUCUUCUGGGGCGAGGUGCGCAUCAACGUGACCUGCCGGCGGGCCACGUCCACCGUGGUGCUGCACGCCCACCCGGAGCUCAGCGUCAGCAAGGUGGUCCUCGGGGUCAACCCGCAGGCGUCCAGCGUGGCCGCUCGGGAGAUAGAGGUGCGGCACAUCGAGCGGGACCUGGAGAAGCAGUGGCUCAUCAUCAUGCUGGACGAGAAGCUGCAAAAGGACAACAGCUACCGGCUGGACCUCAGCUUCAGGGGCAGCCUCGACGACAGGGAAGGGGGAGGGAUGUACCGCAGCAAGUUCAUCGACCCCUCCAACAACAGAACACAGUGGUACGUGGACACGAACAUGAAGAUGGACAGUGCGCGCCACAUCUUCCCGUGCUUCGACGAGCCAGAGUACAAGGCCGUGUUCGACGUGAAGAUCGCCACUCUGGCCAGGCAGCACGUGUUCAGCAUCAUGCCGCUGGCCGACAUCGUCGACAUGAAUGAGCGGCCAGGCUGGUACUGGAAGCAUUUCGUGAAGUCCCCCCCGAUUUCGACAAUGUCUUUCGGGAUGUUCAUGUUUGAGUUUCAGCACUACAGUCUGUCGAAAGGAGUCCUGAGGGUCGUGGGUCGCUCUGCGAUGAGGAACGACAUAGAGAAGGCUCUGGAGCGCUUGGAGGAAGUGUACCAGUACUUCCUGGACUACCUGGGCACGGACAUCCCUCUGCCCAAGCUGGACCUGGUGGUCCUCCCUGACGCCAUGCAAAAGGACAACAUCGGCAGCUUUGGCCUCAUCACGGUCGAGGAGGAUCUCGUGGACAGCAUGGCGUGGCUGGCAUACCUGACCUCGGCGCAGUGGGUCGGUCAUCUGAUGACCCCCAAGUGGUUCGGAGACAUGAACGUCUGCUUGGGCCUAAACCUGCACCUGAGCUACAGUUUCCUGGAGAAGAGGAACUAUUUAAACACCUGGGAUGGUUACGAAAGUUAUUACAUUUUUUCACAAUUUGAGCCUUACAACAGAAAGUAUUCACCACGAGAUUAUGGUGAUAUCGCAACAGCUUCCUGGUUUGUUCGGAUGAUGCAGUAUGCAGUGACAGAGGACACCGUAAUGGGGGCAUUUAGGAAACUCUUUCAACUAAGGCAGUACGAGACAUUCAGCGAGCGAGACCUGUGGCGGCUGCUGACGGAGCGCGGCUGGGAGGACGCCACUCUGCCGCGCGACGUGAGGGUGGAGGAGGCGGCCCACUCGUGGCUCGACAAGCCCCGCUUCCCCGUCGUGGUCGUCACCAGGGACUACGCGCGCCGCUCUGCUACCCUGCAGCAGCACGUGUUCCUGAACAAGAAGCAAUAUCCCGUGCCGGACAAGGAGAACAUGCUGUGGUACAUCCCCAUCAUGUACCUGACUCCGAACAACCUGAACAUAUCGGCCGCCCGCCCCGUCGCCUGGAUGAAGAACCAGCGCGAGAUCACCAUCAGAGACCUUCCCGGGUCCAAUCAGUUCGUCAUCGUCAAUCCAGCAGACAUAGGUAUGUUCAUGGUUAACUACGACCCCACCAACUGGGCCCUGCUGGCGGAAGCCCUCCACAGGAAGGUGCUGCCAGUGGCCGUGAGGACAAAACUGCUGCGAGACUCUUGGAACCUGGCGUUCGCCGGCGAACUCAACUUCAACACCGCCAUGAACAUGACAUUGUUCCUCGAGGACGAGACUGAGCAUGAUGUGUGGGAGGUCAUGUUCAGUAUGUUCUACCACAUCAGUACGUUUCUGGAUGGAACAACAGUUGGUGAGAAGUUCAAGAGGUACGUGGGGCAGCUGACGACACGCGCCAUGGAGAAGAUGGGCCACCUGCGCGGGAACCAAGACGACGAGAAGAACGUGUACAGGGUGCUGCGGUACAUCAUGAAGCGCCUGUCCAACCAGAAACCCACCCAGCGGCAGAUCGCGCUGUUCGAGGCCUGGGCCCGGGGCGGAAGCGACCCCUCAUCCAAGACCACGGAUGCGAUAUGCCUGACCGUGAGGCAUGGCAGCAUGGAGCAGUUCGAGCGCGCACUCACCAGGCUGAUGGACAUGCUGAGGCAGAGGCAGGACUCGAGGUCGCCCAGACAAGUCAAGCUCAUCACCAACUGCGCCAGACAACCGGACAAGGUCGAGAGACUGCUGAGGACCGCCCUGCUGGUGAGGGACACGGGCUUCUCGGACGAGGAUCGACACACCGUGGUGAACCAGCUGAGCGCCCACCACAGCGGCUACUCCACCAUGUUCUCCUUCCUGGGGGACAACUGGGAGGCCCUGCGCCAAGGAUUGGAAGACAAACCUGAUCUGUGGGUGGACUUAAUAGAAAACGCUAUGACGAAUUUCAAUACCGAAGAAGAAGUGAAAAUGGUGGCGCGCGUGUUCGCCGAGAAGCGCGACCAGCUGGGCAACGCGGCGCCCGUGGUGCAGGCCAAGCUGCAGGAGAUGACGGCCCGCGCGCAGUGGAGUAGGGAGAGCGCGCCGGUUCUGGAGCACUGGCUCGACCUGCACCUGCCGGCCACGGAGGGAGACCGCGACCUCGCCUGAUCGCUCUGCUGCUGCACUCCUGCUGCUCUACUCUCCUACACUCCUGCUGCUCUCCUCUCCUACACCCCUGUGGCUCUCCUCUCCCUCCUACACUCCUGCUGCUCUACUCUCCCUCCUACACUCCUGCUGCUCUACUCUCCCUCCUACACUCCUGCUGCUCUACUCUCCCUCCUACACUCCUGCCGCUCUACUCUCCCUCCUACACUCCUGCUGCUCUACUCUCCCUCCUACACUCCUGCUGCUCUACUCUCCCUCCUACACUCCUGCCGCUCUACUCUCCCUCCUACACUCCUGCCGCUCUACUCUCCCUCCUACACUCCUGCCGCUCUACUCUCCCUCCUACACUCCUGCCGCUCUACUCUCCCUCCUACACUCCUAUUGCUCUACUCUCCCUCCUACACUCCUGCCGCUCUACUCUCCCUCCUACACUCCUGCCGCUCUACUCUCCCUCCUACACUCCUGCUGCUC